AUGAACAUUUUGGGGAUGCUUCCAACACAGACUAUGUUAGAGUUGUUGGCAGUAGUUCUGUGCUGUGGGGACAUUACUGAGAAGAAAGAAGAAGAAGUGGCUAAGUUGGAGAAGCACUUGAUGCUUCUUCGACAAGAGUAUGUCAAGCUGCAGAAGAAACUGGCAGAGACAGAGAAGAGAUGCAGUCUUUUGGCUGCACAAGCAAACAAAGAAAACAGCAGUGAGUCCUUCAUCAGCCGUUUACUGACGAUAGUGGCAAACCUCUAUGAGCAGGAGCAGUACAGUGACCUGAAGAUAAAGGUUGGUGGCAGGCAUAUCAGUGCUCACAAGUUUGUACUGGCAGCCCGAAGUGACAGCUGGAGUCUGGCUAACUUGUCUUCCACUAAGGAGCUGGACUUGUCAGAUGCUAAUCCUGAUGUGACAAUGACAAUGCUUCGCUGGAUCUACACAGAUGAGUUGGAAUUCAGAGAGGAUGAUGUGUUCCUGACUGAAUUGAUGAAACUAGCAAAUCGGUUUCAGCUACAGCUCCUUAGGGAGAGAUGUGAAAAAGGUGUUAUGUCUUUGGUGAAUGUUAGGAACUGUAUUCGUUUCUAUCAGACUGCAGAAGAACUGAAUGCCAGCACAUUGAUGAACUACUGUGCAGAAAUUAUUGCAAGUCAUUGGGAUGACUUGCGAAAGGAGGAUUUUAGUAGCAUGAGUGCUCAGCUGUUAUACAAAAUGAUCAAGUCUAAGACAGAAUACCCAUUACAUAAGGCUAUCAAAGUGGAGAGAGAAGAUGUAGUCUUCCUUUACCUGAUUGAAAUGGAUUCUCAGCUACCUGGGAGGCUGAAUGAAGUGGAUCAAAAUGGAGACCUUGCCUUAGAUUUAGCCCUUUCACGGCAGCUGGAGAGCAUUGCUGCCACUCUGGUCAGUCAUAAAGCUGAUGUGGACAUGGUAGACAAGAAUGGCUGGAGCUUGUUACAUAAAGGAAUCCAAAGAGGAGAUCUCUUUGCUUCCACGUUCCUCAUUAAGAACGGGGCCCUUGUCAAUGCUGCUACGUUGGGUGCCCAAGAGACACCAUUGCACCUUGUGGCAUUGUACAGUCCAAAAAAACACUCAGCAGGUGUGAUGUCUGAGAUGGCUCAGAUUGCAGAGGCCCUCUUGCAGGCUGGUGCCAACCCCAACAUGCAGGAUAGCAAAGGCAGGACUCCAUUGCACUUAUCCAUUUUGGCCAGGAAUGAAUACGUGUUCAAUCAGCUGCUGCAGUGUAAACAGCUAGAUUUAGACCUAAAAGACCAUGAGGGCAGCACAGCUCUGUGGCUUGCAGUGCAGUACAUCACUGUGUCUUCAGACCAGUCCGUAAAUCCUUUUGAAGAUGUCCCCGUGGUUAAUGGGACUUCAUUUGAUGAAAACAGCUUUGCAGCCAGACUCAUUCAGCGUGGCAGCAACACAGAUGCGCCUGAUGCAAUGACAGGAAACUGUUUACUACAGCGGGCAGCUGGGGCAGGAAAUGAGGCGGCAGCUCUUUUCCUGGCAUCCAAUGGUGCCCACGUCAACCACAGAAACAAGUGGGGAGAAACCCCCUUGCACACUGCAUGUCGGCAUGGGCUGGCCAACCUCACAGCAGAGCUCCUGCAACAAGGUGCCAACCCAAAUUUACAGACAGAGGAGGCUCUGCCUUUGCAAAAAGAGGCUAUGACCCUGACUGGAUGCACAGACAACAUCCACUUGCAGACACCACUGCACAUGGCAAUUGCCUGUAACCAUCCUGAUGUGGUGUCUGUCAUUCUGGAACAGAAAGCCAAUGCUCUUCAUGCUACCAACAACUUGCAAAUUAUUCCGGACUUCAGCCUCAAGGAUUCUCGAGACCAAACGGUGCUGGGCCUGGCGUUAUGGACUGGUAUGCACACAAUAGCAGCUCAGCUGCUUGGCUCUGGGGCUUCUAUCAAUGACACCAUGUCGGAUGGGCAGACUUUGCUGCACAUGGCCAUACAACGUCAGGAUAGCAAGAGUGCACUUUUUCUUCUGGAGCAUCAAGCAGAUAUAAAUGUCAGGACUCAGGAUGGGGAGAUGGCCCUUCAGCUGGCUAUCAGAAAUCAGCUUCCACUUGUAGUCGAUGCCAUAUGCACCCGAGGAGCUGACAUGUCGGUGCCAGAUGAGAAAGGAAACCCCCCACUGUGGCUUGCCUUGACCAGUAACCUGGAGGACAUUGCAUCCACUCUGGUCAGACAUGGUUGUGAUGCCACAUUCUGGGGUCCAGGUCCUAGCGGGUGCCUUCAGACACUCUUGCACAGAGCCAUUGAUGAAAACAACGAGUCCAGCGCCUGCUUUCUUAUUCGCAGUGGCUGUGAUGUGAAUAGUCCUCGGCAACCAGGUGCUAAUGGAGAAGGAGAAGAAGAGGCCAGGGAUGGGCAGACACCCCUGCAUUUGGCAGCCUCAUGGGGACUGGAAGAGACUGUGCAGUGUCUUCUGGAGUUUGGUGCUAAUGUUAAUGCACAGGAUGCAGAAGGAAGAACACCUGUCCACGUGGCCAUCAGCAACCAGCACAGUGUCAUCAUUCAGCUGUUGAUUUCUCACCCUAAUAUCCAUCUGAAUGAACGAGACAGACAAGGGCUCACCCCCUUUGCCUGCGCCAUGACUUACAAGAAUAACAAGGCAGCUGAGGCCAUCCUAAAGCGAGAGUCUGGGGCUGCUGAGCAGGUGGAUAACAAAGGUCGGAAUUUUCUUCAUGUGGCAGUUCAGAACUCUGAUAUUGAAAGCGUCCUCUUCCUGAUCAGUGUCCAGGCCAAUGUGAACUCUAGAGUCCAGGAUGCUUCCAAGUUGACCCCUUUGCACCUUGCUGUACAAGCAGGCUCAGAGAUCAUUGUCCGCAAUUUGCUUCUUGCAGGAGCCAAGGUGAAUGAAUUAACCAAGCACCGCCAGACUGCCCUCCAUCUUGCAGCCCAGCAGGACCUGCCUACCGUUUGCUCAGUCCUCCUAGAGAAUGGGGUAGACUUUGCUGCUGUGGAUGAGAAUGGAAAUAAUGCUCUUCAUCUUGCUGUCAUGCAUGGUCGACUCAACAACAUCCGGGUUCUUCUGACAGAGUGCACAGUGGAUGCUGAAGCCUUUAAUCUGAGAGGCCAGUCACCACUGCACAUUUUGGGGCAGUAUGGCAAAGAGAAUGCAGCAGCCAUCUUUGAUCUCUUCUUAGAGUGCAUGCCUGAGUAUCCUCUGGAUAAGCCAGAUGCAGAAGGAAACACAGUGCUGCUCUUGGCAUACAUGAAAGGGAAUGCCAAUUUGUGCCGUGCUAUCGUCCGAUCUGGGGCUCGCCUUGGGGUAAAUAAUAACCAAGGAGUCAACAUUUUCAACUACCAGGUUGCCACCAAGCAACUUCUGUUUAGACUAUUAGAUAUGCUGUCCAAGGAGCCGCCGUGGUGUGAUGGCUCCAACUGCUAUGAGUGCACUGCCAAAUUUGGAGUAACAACUCGCAAACAUCACUGUCGCCACUGCGGACGUCUUCUUUGCCAUAAAUGCUCGACCAAGGAGAUUCCUAUUAUAAAGUUUGAUCUGAACAAGCCUGUGCGAGUAUGCAACAUUUGCUUUGAUGUACUGACUCUGGGUGGGGUCUCUUAGUGAGCCCCCAGUUGGGUCUAGGCCAUGGCCCUGGUCACCUCCCCAGCAGCUGCUCUGAUCAAUAUCCAGAGCAGGAGCUGACAAUGGUCUUCCUGUGGCAGGAGACUGAACAAUUAAGGACCAUGGUGUGAUCCAGUUCAACUGAUUCUGUGUGAUUGUCAGUGUGUCAGACUGUGAUUGAUUUCACUAUAUGUCUCACUAAUUGGGCCAGGCCAUUUAGCCCGAUUGAUAAAUGUGAUAGGAAUCAAACCCCUUCCACUAGCAACAUAUAGGGAUACUUGGAGACCAUUUUCCUUUUCAGUAGCUUAGUGUUCAUCUCAGAGCAUUCAACAAAUUCUUCCUGCCUGGGCUGACUUAUGAGGCAGAGCCUGACAGAGUAGGAAGCUGCUGUGGAUGAACUGGCUUCAUUCUAGAGUAAGUGGCUGUGGACUUUUCUGCACAGUGUUUCAUAAAGAUAAUAGGAUCCUCUUGCCCUGAAGUCUUUUCUUUUUAAAGUUAAGCUAUAUUUUUAGUGAGCUACCCCUUUUAAAAAGGUGAAAUCUUUCUAAACAGGGUUCAAAGAUGAGAGCUGAAAAAUCGUGGCCUUAACAACUGAAAGCUUUACCAGUGUUUGUGCUGCUGAGGUGUCAGGAGUGCAGUGUGGCAGCUUGACGCCUAACAGCUGUCUCAUUCUCUCGUCUUCCUGCAUCCUGUCUGUGAAGUCCUCAGUCCCUGCCACUAGUGAGUGGUAGAGGAAAUGCACUUUUAUUGUGCUGCACUUUUUAUAUAGCUGCAUUAUUGAUGAUUCCAAUUUAAAAUUCCAUAUUCAAAAAUACCCUCACACAUCCCUGCAUCAGUGAUUCUAGUGUUCAACUUCGACUCACCUUGGCCCACACUGUUAAAGGAAAAAUUCCCACCACGUAUGUCUCUUGGAGCAAGAAAUUCAUGCAAGCCGGCUGGAAAGGAGAUACACAAGACUUCAGUCCUAGGUGCAACUCCAGCCUUGGGACAUCAUGUCCUGUCUCAAUAUAAAUGCUUCUUGGCCUGGUGCUGGUGGCUCACACCAGUAUUCCUAGCUACUCAGGAGGCUGAAAUCUGAGGAUUGUGGUUCAAAG